GUGCAUGUGAACUAAAUGGCAGAGACAAACUUCACCACCAUAACAGAAUUCAUUUUGUUGGGAUUCUCAGAUAACCAGAAGCUACAGUUGGUUCCCUUUAUGGUAUUCUUAUUGAUCUACUUGUUGAUCCUGGUGGGAAAUAUUGGCAUGGUGACAUUAAUCAGCAUUGACUCCAGGCUUCAUACUCCCAUGUACUUUUUUUUAAGCAAUCUGUCAGUCUUAGAUAUUUGUUACUCCAGUGUCAUUGCUCCUAGGAGCCUGAUAGCCUUUGUAGCUGAAAUCAAAACGAUUUCAUUCACUGGCUGCGCCAUGCAGUUUUUCUUUUUCUGCAUUGCUGUGUCCUGUGAAUGCUGUCUGCUAGCUGUGAUGGCAUACGAUCGUUUCAUAGCCAUUUGCAACCCCCUGUUGUAUACUGCUGUCAUGUCCAAGAGGCUCUGCAAACUGCUAGUGACUGGUUCAUAUCUAACAGGUUGUACGAAUGCUGUGGUUCAGACUACAUUGAUUUUUAAUUUGUCCUUUUGUGGCUCAAACAUCAUCAACCAUUUCUUCUGUGAUGUGCCCCCCAUCCUAAAGCUUUCUUGUUCAGACACACAUGUGAUUGAUAUAGUUCAUUUCACUUUCUCUACAGCAAUUGUAAGUGUUACUCUCCUGACCAUUCUUGUCUCUUACACUUAUAUACUCAUUGCAAUCAUUAGAAUCAACUCAGCAGAGGGCAGGCAUAAAGCCUUCUCUACCUGUGCCUCCCACCUGACAGCUGUCAUUGUUUUCUAUGGAACUGCCAUUUUCAUGUACUUAAGGCCCACUUCAAAAUAUUCCAUGCAACAGGACAAAAUUAUCUCUGUGUUUUAUACCCUUGCAAUACCCAUGCUGAAUCCACUAAUCUACAGUUUGAGAAAUAAGGAAGUAAAAGAUGCUUUCAAGAGACUACUAGAAAGAAAAGCCAUCUUUCAGAGACAGUAG